GUGUGUGCACGUGUGGUUAUAGAUUAUUUGCGUGGACCCCAUGGGCUCGAUCCUAGCAGAGCCAGAGCAAAUGAAUAAGACCGAUAAGAGUCAGUACGAGGUAGAGGGAAUCGGAUACGACUUCAUUCCCACCGCGUUGGACAGAUCUGUGAUCGACUGUUGGUGCAAGACCACAGACGAGGAGUCCUUCAACAUGUCACGCAUGCUUAUCAAACAGGAAGGACUGCUGUGUGGUGGUAGUUCAGGAUCAGCCAUGGUUGCAGCAAUGAAGAUGGCGAAGGAGCUGAAGGAAGAUCAGCGCUGUGUGGUCAUCCUGCCCGAUUCACUACGGAACUACAUGACUAAAUUCCUCAGUGACAAGUGGAUGUGUGAAAAAGGCUUUCUGAGAGAGGAGGACCUGAUUAUCAACAAACCAUGGUGGUGGAAUCUGACUCUACAGGAGCUGCAACUCUCCGCUCCUCUAACAGUUCUUCCAUCAGUCAGCAUUAAAAACACCAUUAAGAUUCUGAAGGACAAGGCGUUCGACCAGGCGCCGGUAGUCGAGGAGACCGGAAUGAUCAUGGGGAUGGUCACACUGGGUAACAUGCUGUCCUCUGUACUCGCUGGGAAGGUCAGUCCUUCUGACCCUGUCAACAAAGUCCUGUAUAAGCAGUUCAAACAGGUUCAUCUCACAGAUAAACUGGGUAAACUCUCCAGGAUCCUAGAAACGGACCACUUCGCCCUGGUGGUUCAUGAUCAGAUCCAGUACCUGACAGACGGCUCGUCACUUCUGAAGAAGAUGGUGUUUGGCAUCGUCACGGCCAUCGACCUGCUGAACUUUGUGACCACUUGUGAGAGGAGAGAGCGCUCGUUGUCUGAGUGCUCGCUCCCCGACGAUAUGUAGCUGAUCUCUGACACACACACACAUUGUUUUACAUAUGCGAGAGUCAACUUUACAUAUUUUUCUAUUUUAUUGGGUUUCUUUUUCCUUCUCAUGUACUGUAAAUGCAUAUGUUUAUGAGCUUAAAGGUGCAGUCUGCAAUCUGUUUAAACAGGUUUCUACACCUUGUAUUAAGAAUUUUCUGGGACAGAAAUGAAGUCCAACCCCAGUCAGAUCACUGCAGCUCAUCUUUGCCUCUUUUUUUUUUUUACACUCUGCUCCUGUAAUGAUUGCUGUUCAAAUCCAAUCCAGAAAGUGUUACUGUUUCCCGCCAAAUACUGAGAUCGCUGUGACUCACUGACGUCACCGUUGCUCUUUAAACUCGCUUUAUUCACAAUGCAGUAAAGAUUAAACUGUAUUUUUACUUUUUGAGCUUUGUGUACACUUGAAGUAAAACAGAGGGAAGCUUUAUGAGAACUUUCAAAAUGAACACAGCUGCUACUUUGUUUUUUUUUUUGUUUUUUUUUGGCUUUCUAUAUGAGGCUCGACCGCCACCUUGUGGCCACAUGCAGAAGAGCAGUCUUCAUUAGAAGAUGCGAAGAAUAUAAAUAGUAUAGAAUUUACAUAUCCAUUUAUGCCAUUUGGCAGUCACACUCAUUUUUCAUCAAAAAAUUCUUGUAAAAAUAUAUAAUAUUUCUGUAUUAUUGUCAGACUGUGAAUGAUUAUGGAUGUUUUGGCCUUCUCUAAAGAAUGGAUAGUUUUUCUUCUUACUUUUCUUUUUCUUUCUCUUUUACAUGUCAGGUUAUUGUAAAACUGUGUAUAAAACAUGUUGGAUGUAAAUAAAGGUGUGUUAUGAGGUGACCAGAUUCA